AUGUCCACCAGCACCAUGACGGCGACCCCGACACAUCCAGACGAAGCGCGCCAGCGGGCCGAGGAGGAACUCGAACUGUCAACGCUGAACAAUGCCAAGGGCAAGAUGUCGGGCAUCGCGACGGGAGAAGACCCCGCGCCGUCCAUCCCCACAGGCUCCGAGAACACUUUACCCACCGUCACUGUGAGAGAGGAGUCUGCGGCCGACUUGAUCAUGGAACAGUCGCGCCAGUAUGACGCGCUCGUGCCCGACGGCGGGUGGGAGUCGUGGGCAAUGGUCGCGUGCUGCUCGAUGCUUGCGUUCUGGUACGUCGGCACAACGUAUUCGUGGGGUGUGCUACAGGCAGCACUUGUGGACGCCGACCUGGCCCCAGCAUCGACAUUGGCGUUUGUCGGGUCGCUUGCAGUCGCCAUGCUCUCGGCGCUCGCCAUGCUCAACUCGCGCCUGUUGCCCUUGGUUGGAGCGCGCUCAAUGGCUAUCGCAGGCGUGAUUCUCAUGUCCCUUGGCCAGAUCCUCGCCGGGUUUGCGACGCACAGUGUCGCCGCCCUGUUCGUGACUGCGGGAGUCAUGAUGGGUGUCGGAGUAAGCUUUUGCUUCAUGGUCAUCUCCAUCACCCCAGCGCAAUACUUUAGCAAGAAGCGCGGUACGGCUAUCGGUAUCGUUUACGCUGGUGGUGGUCUCGGUGGUGCGGUCAUCAGUCUCGCCCUCGAAGCGGCCGUCAAACGCCUCGGUGUGCCAUGGACGUUCCGCCUCGUAGGCCUGGUCAUGCUCGCGUGCUGCCUCCCGGCUGCGUGGUUCAUCCAUGAGCGCACCAGCUUCCCAAAGGCUGGGUUUAUUGAUUGGUCGCUCUUCAAAUCCUGGGACUUUGUCCUCCUCUUCGUCUCCGGCGCCUUUGCGACGUUUCCUCUCUUUGUCCCACCCUUCUUCCUGCCUUUGUACGCACAGAGCCUGCACAUGAGCACGUCCAUGGGCGCGACUCUGGUGUGUCUGUUCAACUUCUCCUCAGCCGUUGGGCGUAUCCUCACCGGCCUCAUCUCCGACCGCCUCCUCGGCCCCAUCAACACGUUGUGCAUCAGUCUCAUCAUCACUGCAGUCACGCUGUUGGUUUUGUGGCCCACGUCCACGAGCUUUGCCGAGCUCGUCGUGUUUGUAUUGGCGAACGGAGCCUCGAACGGCGGUUUCUUCUCAAUCAUGCCCACCGUCGUCGGCAACGUCAUGGGGUCGCAGCGCUUAGCUGUGGCCUUUGGCAUGAUCGUCACUGGCUGGAUGGCUGGAUACCUCAUGGGAGCGCCUGCAGCUGGCUAUAUCCUCGCAGCGUAUGGCGGUACAGAUGCUGGAGCGCGUGCGUUCCGUCCGGCGGUGUUCUGGGCAGGCGGCAUGGCCGCUGGUGCUGCUGGUCUUGUGGUGUUCUUGAGGUUUCAGAGGAGCAGGAAACUCUUUGUCAAGAUGUAG